AAACACACGUAACACACCAUACUUUUGCAUGCCGACCGAUCGUGAGACGACGACGGGACACGCGAGAAUCGAGCACGAGACCCGAACGACAACAAAUCUGCAUCUCUAUCAGUGGAAAAACGACGAGAGGGAGAGAGAGAAAGAGAGAGAGAGGAGAGAUCGAGAUCCUUGAACCCGGUUCUCGCACACGACAGCCGGAUCAUCGGGAAUUCGGCGACAUCCGUCACCGAGUCGCAAGCUAAGCACAGACGGGAAACAUCACAUAUGUCGUGAUACGAGAUAGGACAGUGACGUACAAACGGACAAUUCGCGACACGAGGGAGAACGACGAGGUCUCUCUCGAGUAUCCAUUCGUGAAAAGGAAUCCGUCUCGCGCUACGAGACCUCCUUCUUCCCGUAAUCCUCCUCGAAUCGCGUACACGAGGACGAGCUGUGGUGCGGUUACAGGUGGUGAACGUUGAAAAAAAUACAGAGAUACUCCCAGACGACGCGACAGGAGAGAGAGAGAGAGAGCGAGAGACAGACUAGAGAACCCGUCACAUUUUUAGAUCGGCGCCUUUCUAGUCUCCCUCGCAUCGCGCGUUCCUCCGAGGGUGCGUAAUACAGGGUCCGCAAUACACCAAACGCUUUCCCGCACGCACCACGCACGCACGCAACGGCGCAGAUACGUUAGUAUCGAACGCGAUCGAUCGCAAGAGGCGCUUCACGGGGGAGAGAAAGCGCGACAAGGACGACGACGCGGCGUCCUGUCAAAAGUCGCCGUCCGUCACAGGCGCAGCUAGAGAGAACCCCAUCGCUGUCACAACAGAGCCACGUGUGAUCAUCUGGCUGUGACACACACGCGCACGCACGACACCCGCUCGCGCGCGCGCGCGCGCGCGCUCACGUACGCACCUGUGUGUAUCACCUACGCACGCGUUCGCCGAGCGAUCGACGCGCACUGCACGCGCCGGCAUCGCGCAUCGGACGAGACGAGAGAGUCGGCGCGACCUCUCCGCGUUUCAUCGGCGUCACCCGCGAGGGGCACAAACGGAAGCGUCUCGACUCGCCGGCGAAAGCAGCCGAUUUACGGCGUCGAGGCACCAGGCUUCCUAACGACGACGACGACAACAACAACAGCGGCGAUUGUACAGAAAUAAGGGCAACGCACACGCGUAUUCACGUCAAAGUGCGUGAGAACGUGGACGACGAGCGUCAUCGACCCGCUUCUUUUUCUCGUCUACGCUUAUCGAAAGGAAGGAAGAUGCCCGGCUCCCAGAGGAGACAGAUGAUGCAGCCAUGGCCCCUGUGCCUGGCGCCCUUCGCGAGAACGAAGGAGCGCAGCGUUUUACCCAAGUACAACACAAGGGUGUCCCCGGUCAUCAGACCCACGCCAUCAAGUGCUGGGUCUGGCCUGGACUGCUCGUCCAACAGCACUCUCGUGACAAACGCCAGUCCCUUCAACAGUCAAACCGCCCUCAUCGCCGAAAAGAAGUACUUUACCGGCGAUACUGGCAAAUCAUCUACAAACCACUACUAUGCCGAGAACUUGAGGAACAACCAUCAAAAGGCCUUAACGCGGAUUUACAAUCCGCUCGAUAAAAAUCAGGACGUCGAUUACAAGCAGCUCGAUCCAUUGCUACCGAACGAGCAAAGUCCAAGCAUCAAGAUCCUCAUGGAUUCUCAGGAAAUCGUGAAACCACCAAAGGAUGAGCAAGAGCCCACCCGAAUGGUAUCCAUGGAAUAUCAGAAUAAGACCACGUCCUGUUUGCGAUAUGCCACCCAGAUAUUGGCUGCGUUAUCGGUAUCGCUGUGUUCUCUGCAGAUCGGUUAUGCGAGUUCGUAUACAUCACCAGCGUUGGUAUCCAUGCGCGAAAAUGCCACGACGAGUUUCGAAGUUACCACACAAAUGAGCAUGUGGAUUGGAUCAAUCAUGCCGUUGUGCGCGCUUUUCGGUGGUGUCACCGGUGGACCGCUCAUCGAAUACAUCGGAAGGAGAAACACGAUCCUAGCUACGUCGUUCCCGUUCCUUGGAGCAUGGAUCUUAAUCUCGAUGGCUGAGAAUGUCGCGAUGCUGCUGGUUGGACGCGCCUUAUGCGGAUUCGCCGUAGGAGUCGCUUCCUUAGCGUUACCUGUGUACUUAGGUGAAACGAUACAGCCGGAAGUGCGCGGUACACUCGGUUUAAUGCCCACCGCCUUUGGUAAUACUGGAAUAUUACUAUGCUUCACGGCGGGCAUGUAUAUGGAUUGGAGAAACCUAGCGCUCUUAGGUGCGACUUUGCCGGUACCGGUUUUAAUUCUGAUGUUCAUGAUCCCGGAAACACCAAGAUGGCAUAUCUCAAAGGGAAAAUCGAAGAUGGCGCGAAAAUCCCUUCAGUGGUUGCGCGGCAAGAACGCGGAUAUAACCGAGGAAUUGAGCAUGAUUGAGAAAAUACAUCAAGAGUCCCUCGAGAUCGAACGGAAUUCUUCGCAGAGCACGUUCUCGGAACUGAUGAAGAGAGGCAAUCUCAAGCCGCUUCUCAUCUCCCUCGGACUGAUGUUGUUCCAACAAAUGUCCGGUAUCAAUGCAGUAAUAUUCUACACGGUACAGAUCUUCAAGGAUGCUGGUAGUACGAUCGACGAGAACGUGUCGACCAUAAUCAUCGGCAUAGUGAACUUCAUCGCCACCUUCGUCGCCGCGGGGGUGAUCGAUAAGCUGGGCAGGAAGAUGCUGUUGUACAUAAGUGCCGCGUCGAUGGCCCUGACUCUGUUCGCCCUGGGUGGAUUUUUCUACGCUAAAUCACUGGACAUGAAUGUGGAGGCCUUCGGCUGGCUGCCGCUGGUCAGCCUAAUCGUGUACGUGAUAGGCUUCUCGCUGGGCUUGGGACCGAUACCCUGGUUGAUGAUGGGCGAGAUCCUACCCGCCAAGAUCCGCGGGUCAGCCGCGAGCAUCGCAACCGGCUUCAACUGGUCGUGCACGUUCAUCGUGACGAAGACCUUCCAGGACAUCAUACAGUUGAUCGGCGCCCACGGUACCUUCUGGCUGUUCGGGAUCAUCGUCGCGGUGGGUCUCGGCUUCGUGAUCGUCAGCGUGCCGGAAACGCGUGGCAGGUCACUCGAGGAGAUCGAGAAGAGGUUUACUGGCCGAACUAGAAGGAUGAGCUCAGUCGCCAAUAUGAAACCGAUGCCGAUGUCGUGCUAGUCGCGAAAAUCCGAAAGUCGCAGCGCGUCCUAUCGAAGACGAGCAGGCUCGUUUGCGAGAAGAGAACUUCUUACGGCAUCCUUCUAACGGAAAGAUUCCCUUACGUACGUUUUCCUUUAAAAGGAAGUUUUAAGUUCGAAGGUACGCUUCUUUUCCGUGCAAAGAAGAGAGGCGUAUCUGCUCUCUCCCCCUCGACUCUUCUUAUCUUCUUACUUUCAAUCUUCGAUUCGUUAUUGCGAGGUUCGUCUAUCACGACGAAUUUAAGCAGGAACGAUAUUCGAAGAGAUAAUGAAUAAAACAAUAGGAGAAAAAUAAUAUAUGAAGGAACAAAGCAUUUUUCUCGUAAGACUUAAUUGAAAGAGUUGAAGGGACAAUUGAACGAACACUUCUAUCGAUGAAAGUUUCAACGCAGUAGCGAUCUUUUAAGAAUUUAAAGAAAUUAAUCUUGAAAGAUUAUCGGUUAAAAUAAUUCUUUGGUGAAUUUUUGAAAUGAUAAUCUUUAUAAAAUCGAGCACGAUACGAUCGACUUUGUUCAUCUGUCUCUUCAAUCUAUCCUCCUAACAACGCAACUUUGACAGAUUCUGUUCCGAUUCAUACAUAUUCGAGAUGCGUGAUCGAAUUAGGAAUAGUGCCAAUACUUUAUUCAGUCCAAAUUCGCGAGAGCGAGGGUUAUCGAUCUUAAUACAAAUCUAUCCAAGGCUAUUAUUAUAAUUAGCUUUAAAUUAGUCUCGCGGGGUAACAGCUGUUCUGUUUCCCCCGAGGAAAAUGACACGCGAUAUGCGCGGCUAUCAGCUGUUGACUAGGUGUGUAGUUGCAAUUGUAGUUUUUAUUACUCGACAGUCCUAAAGGACCUACCUCAGGUUAAUGUUACGCUACGGUCAGAUAUGCGUAGAUAGGUCUCAACGCGAGUCUCGUAUUUUUUUCCUUCUUUUUUCUUUUGCACAAUGCAAUGUUCGCUCAUGAAGAUGCGGCAUGAUCAACGUGGAGAUUAAUUGCCGCCACGUGUACUUUGAUUUUUGCGAAAAGCAUACGCAUAAUAUGUACUUAUAUAUAUAUUAUACGCUGACCGAGAGAGAAACCGAUCAUCCUUCAGUGCGAAUUUGCCGAGCAAAAUAUAAAUUUUAAGACAAUCGCGUUCCUAUGCAUCUUUUUCCCUCUUCAAGAUUGUAAAUAAUUGGAAACCUUUUUUGCGCCGUUAGAUAAUAAUGUUAUGUAUCCACAAAAAUCGUUAACUUCGAUCGUGAUGCGAUAUCUUCUUUUUGUUGCUUCUUUCUGCGACGCAGAAAUUGGAGAAAAAAAAUAGAGAGAGAGAGAGAGAGGAAGAGAAGUACGAUCUCGAAGUUAAUCAACAUUGAAGAGGGAUUGAUCCUAAAUGAAACGGAAUGAUUCUCAGCCCAUGAUCGCAUAUUAUUGUAAUCUUUAUAUUAAACGAAUGAUACUCGGAACCCGAUCGCUGUAACAAUGUGAACACGAUUCUAAAUGUACGUAUGUAUCACGAGAUAAGCGUUAAAUAGAUAGAAGAUAUAUACAUAUA